UAAGAGAGAGGGGAAUGUUCAGUCGUUUUGAUUCAAAGGGUUGACCAUCGCAAUCCAAGUAAGAAGAGUACUCAACAAUGAACUUGUGUCUGAAGAGUACCAAAGAAGGAUUAGAAUAGAUUAUUGAGCACUCUAUUAAAACUUUUUUCUAUAUAAUAUCACCAUCCCUCAAAUAAAAAUCCAGUGGCAGAGAUGAAGAAGCUCAUGUACCUUCCUCAUGAAUUGAUUAUUCAAAUCUUGCUGAGGUUGCCGGUUAAGUCUCUUAUUCGUUUCAAAUGUGUUUGUAAGUUAUGGUUAACACUUGUCUCUGAUCCCCACUUUGCAAUAUCACAUUUUCAACUUAACUCUGCAACACCUAAUCCUAGAAUUCUAAUCAUAUCAACUCCAGCUUCUCUAGUUCGGUCUAUAGAUUUAGAAGCAUCGCUUCACGAUGAUUCUGCUUCUGCUGAACUCAACCUUAAUUUUAUACAUCCCCAAUCUUCUGUUGAAAUUAAAGGUUCGUGCAAUGGGUUCAUAUACGAUUUUGCUAGCAUGUGCCUAUGGAAUCCAUCCAACGGUGUUCACAGACAAAUACCCUCCUCCCCUUAUAAUUCCAAUUGUUUUUAUUAUCUAGAUGGUUUUGGAGCUAAUACAUGGAAAGAAAUGGAGGGUAUUUACCUCCCUUAUAUGAAUGCGGGUGAUAAUUCCAGAGUAGGGUCUCUCGUUAACGGGGCUAUUCAUUGGGUGGCUUUUAAUAGUGAUACAUCAAUGGAUGUUAUUGUUGCCUUUGAUUUAGCCGAAAGGAAACUUGUAGAGAUGUUUUUGCCUGAUGAUUUUAACAUUGAUUCUAACUUUUAUGAGUUGUGGGUAUUUGGAGAAUUUCUCAGCCUGUGGGUUAGGGGGGAGGAUGCGGUUGAAAUAUGGGUUAUGAAAGAAUAUAAAGUCCAGUCGUCAUGGACUAUGACUCUUGUUCUUCCAAUGGAUGAUUACUUUUCCCCAAUAUGCUGUACAAUCAAGGGUGAUAUUAUUGGAACAGGUAGUACCGGAUUGGUGAAAUAUGAUGAUAAAGGGCAGUUGCUAGAGCAUCGCUCCUAUGGUGUCGUUCCACAUGGAUCCCAAGUGGCCAUGUAUGUAGAGUCACUGCUUUCACUCCCUGUCGACAGCGUGUAAUCGUAAAAAGAUUAUACAAGCAAGAAGAAUGAGGUCGUGAAAUAUUCUCCUUCACUAUUUUCUUAUUUAUAUUGUAAUAUGAACUCUUCGGUGGCUACAAAUACUAUGUGUUUGAGGGCAUUUGUAAUAGGAGUCAGUUUGCCACUCGAGUUAUUGGUGAAACAUUUGUAAUAUGUUUUUAAUGUUAUUUAUGCUUGUGUUCUAAUGUAUGUUGUGGUCAUUAUUUGAAAUUGUUUUGUACUGUAAUUUAUUUGAUGAACUUCUGCAUGUUGAUUAAGAUCAAGAUCAAAUGACAAUCACAUGACUUUUACUCAAA